UGAACUGUGUACAGCUACCUCUUCACUGAUUCAAGAAGACAGCAGAGAAAUUAAAGGACUAGAUUAAUAUAAAAAGUUGAGAGGGAGGAGAGGGGAAAUUUAUAAUAUUCUCACGUGUCUGUUUGUGUGUGCAUGCGUGCAUUCGUCAUACCUAUUGGGAUACAGUUUUUGUCGAAUAAUAAUUAACCCUGUACCAAAAUGAAGAGAAUGAGAAGUCGCAAAUCAAAUUAUUCAUUUCAAUAUCCAAUCCAUUCACUUUAUUAAUUCACAUUCAUCCCAUCCCUGUAUUAAUUGUGGUUGUUCUACUAUCAGUAUUUUCCCAUAUUAUUUGACUGUAUUUCCAAUAUAAUACACAUAUUGUGUAUGCAUUUUUCAAAAUUCAAAUCAUUAUAUCUAAUUAGCGCUGUGUGAAUUUACGGGAUCUUUUGGAAACGAUUCGAGCAUUACUGAGUUAUUCCUGUGGUAAUAUUCGUGUCAUUUUGUACAUUGUCAAGGUGCCUGCUAUUUAUUCGCAGAAGGAAGCAAGACUCAGAAAUAUUUGUCCAAUACGUAUCUAAUGUGUGAUCUAUUGUCACAACAACAACAGCAACAACAAACACCAUCGACACAACAGAGAACAGGACAGAAAUUGUCCUCUAGACAAAUGAAUAAAAACCAAAACCAUUUAUCACUUAUGGAUACUACUACGCCUACCAAUGCACUCUCUUCUACCAUCAAUACCUCUAAUACUACAACUCGGGCUAUUUCUAAUUCACCGGAAGUAUCUUCUCAUAUUUCUACUCUCAGCACAAAUUCAAAUCGUUUAAACUCAUCAAAUAAUGUCAAUUGUCGUUCGUCUAAAUCAAGACAGCAACUGCAACAAUCUGAUUUGAAUUCCUCACUUGAGAAUGUUAUUACUACUGAUAUUGUAACAGUAAUGUCCAGUGCUGCUAAUAAUGCUAUUAAUAAUAAUAAUAAUAACUCUACUGAUGUCAGCGGUAUAUACAAAUCAUGGUCACCUAAAGAGAAUUCUAAUGUCAAGCAACAACAAAACUGUUCAUCGGCAAAUGAAACUCUGCCCACACUAACUGAUUCUACAGGUGAUCAACAAUAUUCCAUAACAAAAAGUGAGCAGAGAAGUAAAUUACUAAACAGCACGAAUGACGCACAUUUAUUACAUAAUAAUCAGUCAGAUUCAAUAAGUAAAAAUGAUCAGUCCUCAGUAAAUUCAUCAAGAUCACCACAUUCAUCACCGGUAUCACCGUUGUCCGCAUCAUCGUCAGCAGGAGCAGCAGAAUUGUCUCCGGCCUCAUCAUCUCCUACCAAACCACAAUCCCCGUGCAAUCACAGUCGAUCACCAAGAAAAAUUGAUGAUUCCCAGUGGAACAAUACCAUAAAAGAUGGAAAUAUGCUUAAUUCUUGCAGUAAUAUAAAGCCUGUGACAGAUGCUACUGAGAAGCUGAAUCUGCCAAGUAAAAAUAUUUCAACAAGUCAGAAAUCUUUUAAUCGUCAACUGAAAUCAUUAAAGAAUGUGGACAAUCCAAAUUUAUCAUCUCGUUGUUCAGAGGAUGGAUCUAAUGUCAAAGAAGGGAAUGAAGACGGAGAAGAAGAAGAAGAAGAAGUAGAAGAUCAGGAAGACGGUGCUAAUCGUAAUCAUGAUGACAGUAUUGAAGAUGACAGUGAUGAUAAUAAUAAUAAUAACAAUAGCGGUGAAGCCGUUGGAGAUAACACUUUUUUUCUCAUGGAACAAGACAGUCUUUCACAGCACUACUCAACAUCUGCCUUAUCGAACUUAGCUUCUUCAGAUGCUUUUGGCAGUUGUAUAUCUCCAACAAUGUUAGCAGCUGCUGCUAUGGCAGCGCUAACCAGCGGAUGUUUUCCAGGGCCUUGUAAUAUGGCGAAUCAGUUCAAUCCCCUGCUAGCCACUAAGCCUUACGGAUUUCCAUCAUAUCCUUCAAAUUUAAAUUUAACCGCUAAUUCACAACGUACACAAUUAACAAAACAGCAACAACAAACUACACCAUUUACACAUUCAUCAUUGAACAGAAAUUCAAAAAUGAGUCAUAAUAUUAAUAAUUCAAUGUCACAACAAUCGAAUCUACCUAAUACAGAUACAAUGAAUAUGAGCAGUUUAUCAUCGCAUUCUCCAAUACAUUCAGUACACAACAGUAAUAAAUCUUUACAGGAUGAUUUAAUAGGUCAAGAUUACAGUACAAAUUUAUCCCAUCAUGAUACUAAUAAUAAUAUUAGUAGUAUGAAUUUAAAUCAGACACCACCACCUCCCUUGUCUCGAUCUAACAGCCCAACUCAUCAAUCCAACCGUUUGAUGACGACAUCAAAUGACCUAGCGUAUAUGUCAAUGGAUGAUGGUGAUGAGGAGAAUGACGAUGAGAUGGGAAGUGAAGAAAUCGAGGAGGAUAUGGAGGCCGAAAAUCCUAACCAACAAAGUGGGAAUCAUCAAUGGACAUUUGAAGAGCAAUUUAAACAAUUAUAUGUGAUAUCAGAUGAUCCAAAGCGAAAAGAAUUUCUUGAUGAACUUUUUGUUUACAUGCAAAAAAGAGGUACACCAGUUAAUCGUAUCCCAAUAAUGGCUAAACAAGUAUUAGAUCUGUAUGAACUAUUUCAAUUGGUUGUUGCACGUGGUGGCCUAGUUGAAGUUAUCAAUAAAAAGUUAUGGCGUGAAAUAACUAAAGGAUUGAAUUUACCCUCAUCGAUUACAAGCGCUGCAUUCACUCUCAGAACACAAUAUAUGAAGUACCUGUAUCCUUAUGAGUGUGAAACCCUAGGAUUAAGUUCUCCUAGUGAACUUCAAGCAGCGAUUGAUGGAAAUCGACGGGAAGCUAGACGUAGUUCCUACAGUUUUGACUAUCCAACGGUGGCGGUGCCCAAUGUUGGAUCCCGUUCAGUAUCCCCAUCAAGUACAACAAAUCCUCAGACUACAACAUCAAAUACAACAACCAAUACAGAAUCUGCAUUAAACGUUGCCGCCACCUCAUUGUCAUCAACUUCAGUGUAUUUGAAUUCUUUAGCAGGCUCAAAUGUUACAACUUCAGGGGUGAACCAAAUUUUGCCAAGCAUCUCUGGGAGUUCUACACCAUUUUGUGCAAACAGCCUAGGGUUUAAUUCUCAGUUUGGACAGUUUAAUCCAUUUCUUCCUAUACCCCCAGGUACUUUACCUGCUGCUGGUAGUGGUGGGGUUGGUGGUAGUGGUCUGUCUAUUCCGUCACCUUCCACACUACCGUCUUCAUCCUCAUCCUCAUCUCAGAUAGGAAAUAAUCCUGUUAAUUUAUUCCCCCCUGGGUUUCUACCACCAAUUGUGUCUGGUGCUGGUUUCCCUAUGAUUGCAUCCAGUUUUCAAGGUUUCAAUCCGGCUACAGCGAAUAAUUCAGAUGAUUCACUGAUUACAUCAUCGCAUCAAACUUUAGGCAACCCAUCAGGUGGUAUUCUACCAGGUGUAGCAAAUAGUUUCACAGAUCCAAGUGCUAUGGCAGCAGCCGCUGCCGCUGCAGCGACUUUAUUCGGUGCAGGAUUCCCUACAAUUCCCGCAGCCUUCCCAAUGACAUCGCAACAACAACAUCAGUCAACAACAGCAUUUCCUGUACAUAGUUCAUUCAUGAAUACAGAUGGGGGAAUAAAAUUCCCGAAUAUGAGUAUGCGGAACCAAAGUAAUAAUUCUUGUGAUAUACAUGAGAAUAAUCCUUCUAGAGGAGUAAAUUUAAAGAAUAAAUUGUCUUUACAAGAUUCGGAUGACUGUCAAUUCUCAUCAAGUCUCCCGUUAAAUCUGACAGCCAGUGAUAACAGCAUUAACAGUAAUAUCAUGAAAUUAGAUGAGAAAGGUGCAGCACAUUCAAAUAAUGACCGGAGAACACCAUUAAUUCAAAUGGAUCAUGAUAAUUUAACCAAAAUCCAGUGUGAUCCAGAAAAUGCCUCACUAAAACUCCACUCCACUGAUGGGUAUAUUGAGAAAGAUGAUGAAAAUGAACUGAGUGAUUCGAUGGGUACACUGAAGAAUUUCAGCUACCAUCAUCAUCAAAAUGAAGACGGCGAAAAUUAUGAUGAUAACUCAAUGAAUACUGACCGACUAUUUGACAGUGAAACAGAACACUCAGAGCUGAGGUGUAAACCCGAAUUAUUAUUAGGUGGCGUUAACAAGCAUGAAGUUAUCGGCAGUAAUAACAAUAAUACUAGAUUGUCACAAGCUGGUCUGUCCUUUGAAAACGAGGAGUCAAAUAUGAAAACUGCUGCACAGAUGGCGUGUCAACAACUUUGGGUUGCAGCAGCCGCCGCGGCAGCCGGAUUACACUGUGGUGGUAAUAGCAUGAAAACACCAGACACAGCCAGCUUCACAUCACUGUCAAGCAGUUUAAACGGUCCAAUGACGAAAAGCAAUUUUCAUGCUUCAAAUUCUCAUCAUCAGUCAUCUACAGAAUCAUCCACUAAUAAUAGCAGUACUCAUACUCAUAAUCACAAUAGUAACAGUAAUAAAUCUCUCCAACAUCACUCAUCAUCGUAUUCAAGGUCUACCGGUAAAAAAUCUCAUUCCCGUACCCCAAACAGUUUAGAUCUACCAAACAGCAAAAUAUCCAAACUUUCUUCUAGUAACACUAACACGAAUAACAACAGUAAUGAAACUGGCGGCAAAUCUUAUUCAUCGACAUCAUCGACAAAUCUUUCGUCAAAAAAAUCACAGAAUUCCAUAUCUGAUCUACGCAGGUCAACUGAUGCAAUCACACUAUCAACCAGUUUCAGUAACACACUGGGUUUAAAUAACAGUAAUGGUAAUAAUAACAAUAACAGCAAUAGUAAUAGCAGUUUCGCAGCAGCUCAGGCAGCCAUAGCAACGGCACAAAAUCUAAGAAUUCAAACACAACCUGGCGCUCCAAUGGGAUUACCUCAAAAUGCCAUGGUGGUUACAAUGGAAAUGGGAAAUAUUUUAUAUCAGGGUGUCUUAUUUGGACAAAUCAAAAGAUAAUGUCGCGGUGAUGACGACCCUGAUGGAUAUUAGAAAUCAUUCAGUUCCCCCUUAUUCAGUUUCACUAUGGCUCUGCUCCCUUGUUCCUUCGCCCACCAACCCUCCUGUUCACUCUCUCUGUCUCUCUCACAGCACAACUCCCUUCACAGUAAUUUUUUCCCACAAUCCAAAGGCGUCUGAAAAUGAAAAUAAACAAACGAACAAGCAAGGAGAAACAAGGACAAGAGGAAUCGACACGUGGAAUUCGAUAUUUCAUUUCCCCAUUACUCUACUUGAACUAAUCUCUUUCUCUCCCUCUCUCUGAGUGUUUAUUUCGUACAUAUAGGCUAGCUGUAAUAUUUUUUAGCUAGAAAAUUGCCCGUUGUUGUACAUAUAUAAUUUAUAAAUAACAAUAUAUAAAACAGGUU